CUUACAUUCAUAUCGUGUUUGAUGUGCACGCCUACACACGACCCAGGAAAGAGUCAAGUUCAGAAGGGCAUGGCGCAUUAUAUGCGGGAUAGAUCACGUUGACUUGAGAGUUACAAUUUUGUAUUUUACAGUAAAUUGGCUGGUUUUCGGCAUCAAUAUAUCAGUUAUACAUGUACCAUUGCCAAUGAUACAUGCAUACAUUUGACAUUGGCGUUGACGAUGAGUGUUUCGUCUCUGUGUAUUACAGCAAGUGGGAGAAUGAUAAGCAGAAUUGGCUUCCCUUCUGAGUUUGAUUUGGUAUAACGGUUUACACCUACGUCAGAAUAUAAGCAAUAAUAACUUGUACCAUGUUUAUACGAGUGGAUAAGAAGAAUAAGGGAAGCAUGCAUCAUUUUGGACAUGGAUUUUCGGUAAUGGUCAUUGUUUGGAUGUUUACAAGAACAACCUUCUGCCAAGAAACAAAUGUCAGGCUCGUGAAUGGACUAAGUCUAAAAGAAGGCAGAGUUGAGGUUCAAAGUGAUGGAACUUGGGGGACAGUCUGUGAUGAGAACUGGGACUACAACGAUGCCCUCGUGGUCUGCCGAAGCUUGGGCUUCACCGGCGCUCUUGGUACCACCUCCCUCUCAGAAUUUGGACCUAGUGACGGAACGAUGCACUCGUAUGAUUUCCGGUGCAAUGGGACAGAAUCUAACAUCAUGGAGUGUUUGAGGAACAUUUCAGAAUCCAACACACAGUGUGGCUCCAGCUUUCGUGAGGCUGGCGUAAGAUGCUCAGAUUGUAAGAAUUUCUAUCCAUACUGUACAUGGCGGGCUGGUGCUGGAGCCUGUGGAUCAUCCUCUGGAGAAGUAAUUCCUGUUUGCCAGGCCAGCUGCCACCAGUGUAAAAUAAUCUCCAUGAAUGAUUCAGCCUUAUUUCUGCCGCAGAAUGAAACGUGUGUAGCUGGACAUUGCUAUCUCGAUUCAGACAAUGUAAGCCGAUGCAUACCAGUUGUGGAUAUUUGUCUGGCGGUCGGAUGGUACCAUGGUAUAAUAUGUAUAACUACACCGAUUCGACCCAUCCCUUCAUCAAUACGAUGCAUGACUUUUAAUGAGAGGGCCCACACUAAAGUACCUAUACCCGAAGUGAUAUCCGCUCUGAAUGAUACGAUAAGUGGACUGCUGUUUACUACAGCUGCAGUAGACUUUGCUGUAGAGAAGCUCUACGGUCCUAGAGACCUACAGCUCCUGCCGCAGCAUAUCUACGAUCGUCAAAGACAAGCUACAGCACUAGUUCUUUUAGGUAAUGAAUUACAACACAUUGAAGAUAAUGCGUUCACCUUAUUUACAAGCCUCCGUACACUAUAUUUGUCAUCGAAUUCCAUUCAGCAUUUACAGCGUGGGGUAUUUUCUGGACUCCGGUCUCUUCAUAGUCUGUUUCUUUCAGACAACAAGAUUCGAGGCAUUGAGGUUGGAGUUUUUGAUGGUCUGCAGAAUUUAAUGUCUUUGUUUCUUUCAGACAACAAGAUUCAAGGCAUUGAGGUUGGAGCUUUUGAAGGUCUGCAGAAUUUAUUUACUUUAAAUUUGUCAUCGAAUUCCAUUCAGCAUUUAGAGCGUGGGGUAUUUUCUGGACUCCAGUCUCUUUUCCAUCUGAUCCUUUAUGACAACAAGAUUCGAGGCAUUGAGGUUGGAGCUUUUGAUGGUCUGCACAAUUUAAUUAAUUUGGUUCUUCAAUCAAACAACAUCAGCUGGAUUCAAGUGGGAGCAUUUUCACAUCUGGAGAGUCUUCUAAUAUUGACUCUUAUAGACAACAAGAUUCGAGACAUUGAGGUUGGAGUUUUUGAUGGCCUGCACAAUUUACAAGUGUUAAAUUUGUCAUCGAAUUCCAUCCAACAUUUAGAGCGUGGGGUAUUUUCUGACCUCCGGUCUCUUCAGUAUCUGGAUUUGAUGAACAACAAUAUCCAGCGUAUGGAAGGAUUUACGUUUGAAUCUCUGAAGUCUCUCCAGUAUCUGUUCUUCCAUGAUUCUAAAUUAGGAGCAAUCGAUCGUAAUGCACUUGCUGGACUCACAUCAGUAAAGAAAAUGUCUACAUCUGAUAAUCGCCUGUGUUGUCUUCUACACGACAACGUGAACUUUACCUGCGCUAGGACAGCACAGACGAGUCAAUUGGACACAUGUAGCAGGCUCUAUCCGAACUGGGCCUUGAGGAUUGCAGGAUGGGUCAUGGGGUUGUUGGCUUUGGGUGGUAACGGGGUCGUUCUCUUUGUUCGGCUACGGGAUAGAACGAAGCAAACAUCUAAGGUUCAGAACACCAUGAUUGGUAGCUUAGCAAUGGCUGAUAUUAUGAUGGGACUGUACAUGAUCAUCAUCACUUCUGCUGAUGUUUACUACGGUGAUGAGUUCUAUCUCAGUGCUCCUCAAUGGCGGGAUUCCCACAUGUGUCGAUUUGCUGGAUUCCUCGGGUUUCUCUCGAGUGAGGCAUCGGUCCUUACCUUGACCUUGAUCACUGUUGAUAGGUUCAUUAGCAUCAUGUUCCCCUUCGGGAAGCUUAAGAUUCAACACAAGGGGUCCUUGAUUCUCGUCGGGGCAGUCUGGUCAUUUACCAUAGUGUUAAGUCUGGGUCUUGUGAUUGCUACAUCUGACAGAUCAGAUGUACUAUACGGACUUUCCGACGUGUGCCUUGGUCUCCCGCUCCAUGUCGAGGCACAGAGCACAGGAAUGCUGGUUGUUAGCGGAAGUGCAUGGUUAUCUGAGUUAAAAGUGAACUACGUGACCACCAACAUAAGUUCUAAAGCCCCAUGGUUAUUCUCAAUUAUAAUCUUCAUUGGAUUAAAUUUGGUUUCCUUCGCUUUCAUCUUGGUCUGUUACAUCCUGAUCUUCAUCAAGGCCAGUCGGUCUUCGGCUAAAGUCCGUAACAACCAAUCCAAUAAGCAAGAGACCAAAUUGGCCUUUCGUAUGGCACUGCUCGUUGCUACCGAUCUCGCCUGUUGGAUGCCAGUUAUCAUAAUGGGCAUCCUUUCUCAAACUGGCGCCGUCAAACUCGAUCCUUCUCUCUACGCCUGGACAGUGAUCCUCAUCGUCCCCAUCAACUCAUCCAUUAAUCCCUUCCUCUAUACAUUCAUCAUGUACAUCGAUGGCAGGAAAGAGAGAACAAGCAAAGACAGCCAAGUCAACUUACCACACUGUAAAAAAGAAUUUGUUCAUUGUGCAGGAGAUCAAACUAACGCAGUGGAAACCAACCUCCUGUCAACAGUUACCGACAAUAAGACCAAAGAUCCAAUCUCUCGCUUGCAAGGUAGAGGAGUUUAGCCAUCGCUUGACAAUUGUUAUCAUUAUUAUCUUCUCUUUCAAAAUAUUGUUAUUAACAUGAUGCCCAAUUAUAGUAUAUUGAUAAGUAUUAUGUUUCCUACAAGAUGCUAUAUACAUAUAUAUUGUUUGUUUUCAUUUUUAUCAGCGCUCUGAUCAGUAGUCUGUAAAAGCGCUUAAUAAGAAUCAAUAAUUGUUGUUAAUAAAAAUCAUAUAUUGUUGACAGAACACGCUCUUCAUACUAAAAAAAAACCUCUGCAGAAAUAUUUAGGAUCUGUUGAUGGAAUCUACAGCCGACGGAGCUGGUCGUCUAAUGGACCGUCAAUAUCACACUCGUGGGCCUCCUAACAAAUCAUUUUUUAGGG